AUGUCUGACACACGCCAAACGCCGCUCCGGGCGAAUUGGAAAUGCUUCGUCAUGUGCUUCGGCAUGACCAUGGCCAAUCUCCAGUAUGGCUUUGAUGCGGGUGUCAUCGCUAAUUUGCAGGCCAUGCCAGGUUUCUUGCAAGUAUUUGGGUACAGAGACCCGAAGCUCAAGAUUGGCUGGGGCAUCACGACCACCAACCAGCAGCUCAUCACAUCAUUUCUCAAUAUUGGCACCAUGAUCGGUGUGUUUUUUACUGCACCAUUUGGCAGGUUUUUUGGCCGUCGAGUUGCGAUUUGGGCGGGCUCUCUGAUAUGUUUCAUUGGUGCUUCGGUGCAGAUUGCUUCAACUUCGAUCGCCGGUGUCUGCAUCGGCAGAGCCUUUGUCGGUGCCUCAAAUGCCUUCUUCAUCACAUUUGCCAAUUCUUACAUCGCCGAAUCUACACCUCCUCAUCUAAGACCCGUUGUGUCGAGCAUAUUUGGCAUAAUGACUGGCGUUGGCGCCAUUAUAAGCGCAGUGAUUUGCAAUGGGGUCAAGAACAUCAUGAACAAGCAUUGCUAUCAAAUUCCACUGGCUUGCUUGUUCUUCUUCCCGACCCUCAUAUCGGUUAUUUCGCUCUUCGUUCCAGAGUCCCCGCGUUGGUUAUUGCUCAGGAACCGGUCCCAGGAGGCUGAAAGAUCUUUAGCUAUUCUGCGGGACAAUUCGCUGAGUCCACAGCUCCUGGAAGAAGAGUUCAUUGAAAUUAGUCGCGGCAUCGAAGAAGAGAAGGCGAUGGCAUCCAAUUCACAGUUUCUGGACAUCUUCAGAGGAACAGAUAGGCGCCGCACGAUCAUCUGUACCGCCAUCGUCCUCUCCCGUGCUUCCUCAGGACUGUGGCUGUUCAUCGCUUAUGGGACAUACUUUUAUCAGCAAGCAGGCAUCGGUGACCCAUUUAUCAUGGGGAUAUAUGUCUUGAUUGCCGCCAUUGGCGGCACGAUCAUCGCUAUCUACUGCUCUUACAAAUGGCUUGGUCGACGAUCCAUGAUGCUUAUUGGCACCGGCGGUGCGGGUAUCUUUAUGCUGGGCAUCGCCAUUGCUGACACCAUUGCACCUGGGUCUGAAGCAUCCGCCAAGGCCUUCACUGGUCUCUCUACCUGCUAUCAAUUUGUCUAUAGUGGGUUUGCUGGGGCCAUGUCUUGGCCCAUCUCUGCCGAAGUAGUCAGCUCGCGGCUGAGAGUGUACACUCUUUCACUUGCCACCGGCAUCGAUUACCUCGCCGCUUGGCUCGUUGCGUUCUGCUCACCUUAUUUCAUCAACCCGACGGCCAUGGGCUGGGGAGCAAGGUAUUGCUGGAUCUGGGCUGCAUCCAACCUUAUAACGUAUAUCUUCUUCUACUUCAUGCUCCCCGAGAUGAAGGGACGAAUGCUGGAAGAGAUUGAUGAACUCUUUGAAAAGAAGGUCCCAACACGCCAAUUCGCCACGUUUGUGUGCACGAUCCACGAACAGGCUCAUAAUUUAGCAAUGAAGAAAAGUAGCGUCGAUGUUGCUCAAGUUGAAGGAAUCGAUAAGAGGAUCAAUGAGGGCUGA